UAAUUAAUGUACCCAAACUGCAGGCUUGGCUCCCUCCAUUGUAGCGGGGCGGUUUUCAGCUGGCUGCAGUGGUGACCGCCGGUGUGUUUGGGUUCGUGAGAGUGUUGUGGUAGAAAGGCAACAGAUAGAGGAGCAGGGAAACAGACAAGCAGGGAUGGGAGGAAGCCUUCACUAUUAAUCACUUGGGGGCCGUUGUGGUCCUGUCCUGUAAACGGCGCCAGUGCAGGCAGGCAGACAGAGAAAGAAGAAGACAGCAAGAGGAGGAAGGAGAGAGGGGGCAGGGUGGCUGUAGGGAGAAAGAGGAGGAGAGAAUGGUUGGGGAUCAGCCUGUUUGCCCACCUCAGCUCCUGCUGCGGGGCUGGGGAACAGUGCUGCUGUCUCAGUGCAUGUCCUCCGUGUUCUCCCAGAUCCCGGAUCCUGAGCUUUUACCCACAGAUCCCCCGAAGAAGCCAGACCCUGUCAAUUCUGAGACUGUUGUUUUCUGGGGGCUGCGGCUAUGGCAGGUCAUUGGCAUCUUUGCAGUGUUUGCUUUGGCAGUUGUUAUCACUCUGUGUUGUAUAUUCAAAUGCCGAAUUCCGAGAACCAAAAAGGAAAUAGAGGCACGGCAUGCGCAGAGACAGGCUGCCAAGAAAUACGCCAACACAUUAGAGACAGUGCCACCUCUGAACGAGCUGACUGAGAUCCCAGGAUCUGCAAAAGCAGAAGAAAAGGAGGAGGUAACAACAGUCUCUGGGAAAGUUGAUGCUGAUAAAGGAGAGAAGAAGACCAAGGAGGGCAAGAAAGAGGGCAAGAGUGCCAAAGAGGGGAAAGGAGAUGAAAAGGAUGCAUCAACAAAGAAGAAGGGUGAAAAAGGUGAAAAGGCAGCAUCCACAAAAGAAGCUGGUGAAGGAAAAGGGAAGAAAUCUGGAGAGAAGGGAGACAAAGUGGAGAAAGGAGAGAAAGGAGGCAAAGGAGGCGCUAAAGGGGGAGCCAAGAAAGCUCAGAAGUGAACUCUGAAAAAAAAUCAUUUCAUAUUUUUCACUGCAACAUUUUGGGCACUUAUUUUCUAAAAUGAACUUUGUAUGAAAUUAUAUUUAGAAAUAAACAAAAUGCUGAAAGAAAAGAAAAUGCAUUAGUAAG